GGUUCCUUCGCCGGGCGGCGGUGCGCAGGCGCGGAGCCGAGUCCCGCUGGGCCGCAGCCGGUGGCCGGCUCGCCGUGGGCCCGUACCCGGCUCUCCACGCUCGGUUCCUCUCGCUCUGCGGAGACUGGAGGACGGACCCCGCGGAGCUGUGGCGGCAGAAUGGCGCAGACCGCCAUGUCCGAGACUUACGAUUUCUUGUUUAAAUUCUUGGUCAUCGGAAAUGCGGGAACUGGCAAAUCUUGUUUGCUUCAUCAGUUCAUUGAAAAGAAAUUCAAAGAUGACUCAAAUCAUACCAUAGGAGUGGAAUUUGGCUCAAAGAUAAUAAAUGUCGGUGGUAAAUAUGUAAAGUUACAGAUAUGGGACACAGCCGGCCAGGAGCGCUUCAGGUCUGUGACGAGAAGCUACUACAGAGGUGCAGCUGGGGCACUCCUUGUCUAUGACAUCACCAGCCGAGAAACCUACAAUGCGCUUACUAAUUGGUUAACAGAUGCCAGAAUGCUGGCGAGCCAGAACAUCGUCCUCAUCCUCUGCGGGAACAAGAAGGACCUGGAUGCCGACCGGGAAGUCACCUUCCUCGAAGCCUCCAGGUUCGCACAAGAGAAUGAGCUGAUGUUCCUGGAAACCAGUGCGCUGACUGGCGAGAACGUCGAAGAGGCUUUCAUGCAGUGUGCAAGGAAAAUACUUAACAAAAUUGAAUCAGGUGAACUGGACCCCGAGAGGAUGGGCUCUGGCAUCCAGUAUGGAGACGCUGCCCUGAGACAGCUGCGGUCACCUCGACGUACACAGGCUCCAAGUGCACAGGAGUGUGGCUGCUAGGCGCCCCAGUGACACAGGUUCAGCGGUGGGUCCUGGAGUACAGCCGCCGGAGCCUGAAGAGGCUGGAGUUUUUACUACCAUCUUUUCUACUCGGCACAGAAGUAGAUCUUCCUGGGGAACGGUGUACACUGGCAGCCGGGGCUCAGCAGCCAUUCUGCGAACUAACUCAGCGGACAGUACCUUUAGAUGCCACAUGUAUGCAGACCCCUGCCCAACACGUACCCUUCAUGUUCCGUUAAAUCCAGCUUGUGCUGCCCACGGCCCAGCACGUUCCCACAGCACAGAGCCAGUGUGACAUGACAGAACCCUGCACUCAGUGAGCUUUCUUUUUAAACUCCCAGGAAAUGCAGUUGUGAAUGCGAGAGAGCGUGCUUUUCUCGUUGCAUUGGUUAACUCCCAGGAGAUGCAGUCGUGACCGUGAGCGUGCUUUCCUCCUUGUGUUGGUUAUGCGUAUGACCCGGUAUGAAAGGACUCUGGUGUGAACAGCCAGUGUGUUUCUUAUUUAAUCCCUCCCCCCACACACACCUUUUACACUGUUUCUGUGAUCCACACCUGAAAUGCUAAACCCACAGGACUCAUUAACACCUGGAAAUAAAGUGGAAUGGAGUUUCUCACGCACAGUA